AUGACAUUACAAAUGGGACGUCAGAGAUCAAUGAAAGGCAAGAAACGAGCGAGAGAUUCGUCUCCGAGCUCUUCUUCACUCUCUUCGACACACUCGGAAGCUCCUGUUAUCGCGCUCCCAGUGAAAAAACCUAAGAGAGCAGAGACAAGGAAAUGCCCGGCAUGUACAGAAUUGAUCCCUGUGCGUCUGCUUGCGGCUCAUGCGGCUCUUGAAAUGCAAAGGGUGGAAGACAUCAUUCAGCAUAUUGGUGAGGCAGAGGUCUUGGCAGAAGUUGAUGACUUGGAAGAAGGCCCGAGCAACCGCGCCCGACGCUCUGCACUAAAAGCUCGCAAAUCCCUUACCACCUCUAUCCCAUCCUCCUCCACAUCUCCUUCUGCCAUUGGCAAGACUAUUCAAACCAUUACGCGUCGACGGAAAGCACGACAUCUGCGCCUCAAAGAGCUUGCUAAGGAGCAUGAAGCAGAGUCCUGGAUUAUGGAAGUUGAGGGAGGGACGUCAUGUCCUGUGUGUGCACAGGUAGUCAGAGGCGAUCGGGAUGUCGUCGAGGCACAUGUGGAUGCAUGUCUAGUACAUGAAAGCGCUAGGUUGGAGCGAGAGCGGUUACACGAGGAUGAAGAGGAUCUUGAUAUAGGUGGUGGCGGGGGUAGCGUUAGGACCAGGGUCAUUACAGGUGCAAGUCUACGAGGCACUGGUAUCCAUGUUCGAACGUCUAAUUCACUGGACGUCGAGGAUGAAGUGGACAUAGAUGGCGAGGAUGAAGCAGUGUUCGGAGAGGCACAGUUUGGCGAGGCUGAUGUCCUGGCUUUGCCUUCAAGUGACCGAGAUUUGCACGCUGAGAAUGAAGAUAUCGAUGUCGACACAGAUGGUCAUCUAGUAACUGUCCAGGAACGACAGACGCUCAGACAUCUGGUAGUCGAGGGCAAGGUCUUAUUGAAGCGGGCAGAUAGUAUAGAGAACAAUGUUAUCCAACCGAUCGGGAUGGACCAGCUCGACCUCGACAUUAUCACUGCGCGCUCACGAAAUGACCCUAGUGCACUUAUCCUGGCUCUGGAAAACAAGUUGCAGGCUCUGGAAUCUAACACUGGCUCAACAUCUUCACCCAACCUGUGCCGUAUCUGCCUUUCACACUAUACCGAGCCAACGGUGUCAACAGGAUGUUGGCACACAUGUUGUCGUGAAUGCUGGCUUCGUUGUCUGGGGGCAACCAAACUCUGCCCCAUGUGCCAACGAAUUACCAGCGCCGCAGAGCUGAGAAGGGUGUAUAUGUGA